AUGCUGAGCGGAGCGGCUGGGGCUGCGCGGCGUGGCGGAGCAGCGCUCACUCCCGCUCGCUCGCUCGCUCGCUCGCUCGCAGGGACACACGCAGGGGCUGACAGCUGUGCUGGUGCUGAUAAGGGAAGCCACAAGGAGACGAUCGAGGAGAGAGAAAAGCAGCGGCAGAGGCAGCAGCAGCAUAGGCAGCACCAGGGCUGCGGAGCUGCUGGGAGUGGGAGUGACUCCCCCACCUCAGGCCCCCACCCUGUCCCCGUCCUCCUCCCGCUUGCCCUGAGUUUAGAAGAGCAGCCGCUGCCACCACCGCCACUCCGGAGGGCACCGGGCUGCCAACCAGGGAGGGACAGGGGCAGGGAGGCUCCGGCCAGUCCCAGCAGCCGGGGACAGAUGCCGAUCGAGAUUGUGUGCAAAAUCAAAUUCGCAGAGGAGGAUGCGAAACCCAAGGAGAAGGAGGCAGGGGAUGAGCAAAGCCUCCUGGGGGCAGCACAGGGGGCAGCAGCCCCCCGGGACCUGGCCACCUUUGCCAGCACCAGCACUCUGCACGGGCUGGGCCGGGCCUGUGGCCCAGGCCCCCACGGACUGCGCAGAAGCCUGUGGGCACUGGCCCUACUCACCUCACUGGCCGCUUUCCUGUACCAGGCUGCCGGCCUGGCGCGGGGCUACCUGACCCGGCCUCACCUGGUGGCCAUGGAUCCUGCCGCGCCAGCCCCAACAGCGGGCUUCCCGGCCGUCACCCUCUGUAACAUCAACCGCUUCCGGCACUCGGCCCUCAGCGACGCCGACAUCUUCCACCUGGCCAACCUAACAGGGCUGCCCCCCAAGGACCGGGAUGGGCACCGUGCCGCCGGCCUGCGCUACCCGGAGCCCGACAUGGUAGACAUCCUCAACCGCACCGGCCACCAGCUCGCAGACAUGCUCAAGAGCUGUAACUUCAGUGGGCAUCACUGUUCCGCCAGCAACUUCUCCGUGGUCUAUACUCGCUACGGGAAGUGUUAUACCUUCAACGCUGAUCCACAGAGUUCGCUGCCCAGUCGGGCAGGGGGCAUGGGCAGUGGCCUGGAGAUCAUGUUGGACAUCCAGCAGGAGGAAUACCUGCCCAUCUGGAGAGAGACAAAUGAGACAUCAUUCGAGGCUGGCAUCCGGGUGCAGAUCCAUAGCCAAGAGGAGCCCCCCUACAUCCACCAGUUGGGCUUCGGUGUGUCCCCAGGCUUCCAGACCUUUGUGUCCUGCCAGGAACAGCGGCUGACCUAUCUGCCCCAGCCCUGGGGCAACUGCCGGGCGGAGAACGGGCUCCGGGAGCCCGAGCUUCAGGGCUACUCAGCCUACAGUGUGUCUGCCUGCCGGCUGCGCUGUGAAAAGGAGGCCGUGCUUCAGCGCUGCCACUGCCGGAUGGUGCACAUGCCAGGCAAUGAGACCAUCUGCCCGCCGAAUAUCUACAUCGAGUGUGCCGACCACACACUGGACUCCUUGGGAGGGGGCUCCGAGGGCCCGUGUUUCUGCCCUACUCCCUGCAACCUGACUCGCUACGGGAAAGAAAUCUCAAUGGUCAGGAUCCCCAACAGGGGCUCAGCCCGGUACCUGGCGAGGAAGUACAACCGCAAUGAGACCUACAUCCGGGAGAACUUCCUGGUCCUUGAUGUCUUUUUUGAAGCCCUGACCUCCGAGGCCAUGGAGCAGAGAGCAGCCUAUGGCCUGUCAGCCCUGCUGGGAGAUCUCGGGGGACAGAUGGGCCUCUUCAUUGGGGCCAGCAUCCUCACACUACUGGAGAUCCUGGACUACAUCUAUGAGGUGUCCUGGGACCGACUGAAGCGGGUGUGGCGUCAUCCCAAGACCCCCCUGCGGACCUCCACCGGGGGCAUCUCCACCCUGGGGCUGCAGGAGCUGAAGGAGCAGAGUCCAUGCCCGAGCCGGGGCCGCGCUGAAGGUGGGGGAGCCAGUGGCCUGCUCCCCAACCACCACCACCCUCCUGGCCCCCGAGGAGGCCUCUUUGAAGACUUUGCUUGCUAG